AUGAAUGAGAGUAACUGUAAUUUUCAAGAAUCAGUAAGUGAAAUCAUUGAUUACACAAACUGGUUAACAAAUGAAAUAACUACAACUUCUAAAUUGGAGCAAAAAAAUUUAACAUCCAUUGAAGAUAAAUUAGAUUUAUUGAUACCGAUGGUGGAAAAAUAUGACCAAUCAAUUAGAAUAACAAUGCUUUCCAUUGAUGACGAUAAAAUGUAUUUAUUGGAAAACAAUGUUUCUAAUUUAUGGAAUUCGAUUUCCAUUGGCCUAAAAGUGGAUCAUAAUGCUUCCCUCCAGAGACUUUUAUGUAAAUGUAAGUUUUUUGCUACUCUUUUGUUUUCCCUCAUAGAGGCACUAUCUUCUUCCACAGAACACAAAAUACGAAUUUUAAAAUGUUAUGUUAGCUGUAUCAAAACAUUUUUAGAUGGCAAUUUUACCGAAGUUCUAACCAAGGUUCAAGAAAAAAGUGAACUAUUGUUACCUUUAGUUGAAGAAGUCUGCAAAACUCCUGAGGGUAAAAAUAAAGAUAGUGUCAAAAAGUUAAAAAUCGAAUAUUUUCUAGUAAACUUUCAAUUUAAUUUAGCAAAUGACAAGUUUGAAGCGGCUGCCUUUUACCAAUCCAAAUUAAACACUUUUAAGGAUUGUUGUUUAGUAGAUGAGCAAAGUAUAAUUGAAAUUUGCAGAACAAUAUACAAUACUUCUUUAGAAUUAACUGACAAAGAACACAUUAACAUGGAAGAUGCAAAUAGGGCAAUCUCCUUAUUAAAUACAGCUGUACAAUUCAUAGAUUCUAAAAUGGGAACUUUAACAGCGGUUGAAAGUUACAAUGAAGUGAACUAUUUGGUAUUGUGUUUACUUUCAAAAUGUUUAUUAGAAACCAAACAGUUCGUUGCCGCAAAGGAGGUCAUUGAUAAACUGCAGUCCCUUUUCCCAGAUAAGAUUAAUACUUUUAAAUUGGUUUUGCAAUGGAUUGACUUUCAAAAUAGCACUGAAGAACCUCCUAAACUAACCACAAUUGAACUUAGAGAGAAAACCAUUAUGAAAAUGAUCAUGUCUGUUAAUAUUAAAGAAAAUUUAGAUGAACUAAUCACUUGCAUUAAUUCACAGGGGAAAUAUGCUUUAGAUUCAGCAUUAAGAUGUUUGGAUAAUUUGUUUUUAAACAGAAUGGAUCCUGAAAAAGAUUAUAAGUUACUAGAAAAACUUAUAUUAGUCAAGGUAUUCCUUAUUUCUCAAAAUAAAACUUUGGAGAACAUCUCUAAAAUUAAAAAACUAGACGAGUUCUUUGAUGUGUGUAAUAAAAUGUUUACAUCCAAAUUAUCUUCGUCAACGACUCAAACUGUAGUCCCAUUACUUUGGAGUGUUGGCAAACAAUUGUAUAAAAAAAAGAAGUACCUUGAUAGUAUAGGGUGGUUUGAACUAGGUUUGCAUGAGGUUUUAUCCAUUAUAUGUGACACAAGGGCUAAAUUUCAAAGAGCUUUACAAUUGAGUCAUUUUGAGUUAGGAAAUUAUGGAAAAAUAAGCGAGAUUUAUGAAGCUAUGUCUGAAAAAGACAAGAACCAUAGUCUUUCGAAAUUAAUACUAUUCAAGACAUUGGUUAGACAAAAAAAAAUAGAGAGAGCUAUUGAGGUGUUGAACACAAUAAACUCCAAAAACUGUUUGAAUUACGGGGAAAUAUUAUUAUAUUGUAUAGAAGAAGUCAAAAAAACCACAGAACUUAUUGUGCCAUUAAUUAAUAACUUGCUUACAUUCAUUAAUUUAGAAAGCGUUUCAUUUGAAAACCUGAAGCCAGAUUCAAUAGUUUCGAUUGCAUCAGUUUUACGUUAUUCCAUACAAAUGCUUUUAACGUUGAACGAUGAAGAAAACGUUGAAGAAUGGUUGAUGGAUUAUGCAGGAUUGUUGAAAGAUUUGUUAACUACCUCUAUUAAUUUUUUUACCAAGAUACAAACUUUGAAAAAAAUAAGCAUAAAUACGGGCCAUGGUUCCAUUAACGUUUAUGAAUUAGAAUGGUUCGCAGCGAUUUGCUAUAAUUUACAAACUAAAUGUUUUGGUGUAAUGGACAUAAAGUUGUGUAAUCAUCUUAUGUAUGUUGAUAUUGCUAUUCAAUUUUUACAAUUGAUCCGCACUUAUGAAUUAUCAGCAGCAUUUACCGAAGAUAUAAACUUUUGGUACUCUCGAUGUAUUAUUUUAAAAUGCUCAUACAUAUUAGAUAAAAAAAUAAAUUUAUCCCCAAAAUUAUUGAACGAAAUGAAUAAUAGUUUAUCAGAGAGUUUGGAAGAAUGUAGAAACAUGUGUUUAAAGGAUAAUAAAACCCAAAGAUUCAAUAAGUCAACGCUUGAUAUUAUUUUAAUACUCUUUCAAUGUUCACUCCAGGAAAAAGAUGAAAAAAAUAUAGCAAAUAUACUUGAAUUUCCAGAGGUAUCACUAAAUACAGAAUUGUUAAAAAAUAUUAUGGAGGUUUUGAUCUCCAACAAGAAAAUCUCUGAUAAUAUACUUUUUUCAGUUUGUUUGAGGAUUAUAUCCAAAGGUUUAUGCGACAGUAAGAUGAACGAGACGGACCUGUUUGCUUGGUUUAGAUACUUAUUAUCAACAGAUACUGUAGUAAACGAGAAAACUGAUGCAUGUUUAAAACUUCUUGAUACUUUUCACGAAAGAUUGAAAAGCGAUGAAAACAUUGAUUUUGUAUCGUCUCAUUCAUUAAAAAAGGAUAUAGAUUGGUUGGUUAUUUUUUGCUGGAAUAAAUGUGUUGAAGACGCCAUUAAUGGUUCAGAAACGUCUAGUGUACUUUGGUGUCAGAAAUCAAUUUUAUUUGCAAAAUUAGGUGGUCUAGAAGAAGCUGAAAAAAUAUUUUCCCUUUGGAGUUCUCUCGCAGAAGCAGCUGGUAUACAAAAAAAUUCUGUUUUAUUAUGA